UGAAAGUAUAGUACAUAGAAAGGAUGAGGCAUUUGCUAUCCACCAUUCAUCAAAGAUAAUAUAUUUGGGGAAAAGGAAAACACACACUCACAUACAUGAACAAUAUCUCAUCAUUUCAUUUCAUUCUUCUACACACUCCUCACAAACACAACCCUUAACAAUAACAAUGGCACUUAGGAUGUGGGCUUCUUCAACUGCCAAUGCACUCAAACUCUCCUCUUCCUCUAGAUUACAUCUCUCCCCUACCUUUUCCAUCUCCAGAUGUUUCUCUAAUGUUUUGGAUGGACUCAAGUACGCACCUUCACAUGAAUGGGUCAAGCAUGAAGGAUCAGUAGCCACUAUUGGUAUCACUGACCAUGCCCAGGACCAUCUUGGAGAGGUUGUGUUUGUGGAGCUUCCAGAACCUGGUGUCUCAGUUACAAAGGGUAAAGGUUUCGGAGCUGUUGAAAGUGUGAAGGCAACAAGUGAUGUAAACUCUCCUAUUUCCGGUGAGGUUAUCGAGGUUAAUACUGGGCUCACCGGAAAGCCUGGCCUCAUCAAUUCAAGCCCCUAUGAAGAUGGAUGGAUGAUAAAAAUAAAGCCAACUAGUCCAGAUGAAUUAGAAUCCUUGUUGGGUGCAAAAGAGUACACAAAGUUUUGUGAGGAAGAAGAUGCUGCACAUUGAUGUUCAUUUUUCAAUAUAUUGAACUGACUGUUUUUAAUAUUGUACUACUAUCUAUCAUCUUGUUGUCUAUUUUUUUUCAAAUGCAAUAGAAUUGCUUCAAGUUAUUGUUGUUUCCAUGCGACACUUCAGUGUGUCAGUCUAUCUAGCUUGUCAUGUACUAAUUAAGAAGCAAAUUUGUUUUUUCUCA